GCCGCGCUCGGGUCACGUGGGAGGCUGAGGCGAAGCGCUCCACCCAGGCCCGGCCGCGCUUCCUCAGUGCGAGGCCGCUGCUCCCACCGCUCCUGCCGGGCGAUUGUGACGCCGUCGCCGCCCUUGGAGCCCCUUUCGACCCGCGGAGAGAGAGCCCCUUCGUUUGCCGCCAGCCAGGAAACGCCAUGAUGGGGAGGCCGCGGCCUAACGGCCUCUCCGUCCCGCUGCUACUGCUACUGAUGGUUUUGGGAGGCCGCGCAGGCCUCGGCGCCGCCUUCUACCUGCCCGGCUUGGCGCCCGUCAGCUUCUGCGAGCCCUCGGACGCCAAGCAGGAGGGCUCCGCCGGCUGUUCGCCCAAUAUUGAGCUGUUUGUAAACAGGCUGGACUCCGUUGAGUCUGUUUUACCAUAUGAAUACGAUGCUUUUGAUUUUUGCAAAGACCAAACAGAAGAAAGACCGUCAGAAAACCUGGGACAAGUUCUGUUUGGCGAGAGAAUAGCCUCUUCCCCCUAUAAGUUUACAUUUAAAAAAGAUGAAGAGUGCAAGAAAGUUUGCAUGAAAUCUUACGACCCACAGAAUCCCGAAGACAGAAACAAACUGGAUUUUUUAAAGAAAGGAAUGCAGCUGAAUUACCAGCAUCACUGGAUUAUAGAUAACAUGCCCGUGACUUGGUGCUACAAUGUGGAAGACAGCCUUAAAUACUGUAAUCCUGGGUUUCCCGUUGGGUGUUACAUUGCAUCAGAUGGCCGGAUAAAAGAUUUCUGUAUGAUGAGUGACGAAUUCAACAAGAAGAACACCUUCUACCUCUUCAAUCACGUAGACAUUACAAUCACCUACCACAGUGGCAAAGACGAGAACUGGCCUGGAGCACGGUUAGUGGCAGCUCAGCUGGAGCCCAAAAGCUUCAAGCAUACAGAUAUAAACAAUUUAUCCUGUAAGGGUCCCCCUAUGGAAAUUCCUGCAGAAUUUAACAGCAAAUUGGAUGUGAUCUAUACAUACUCUGUGAAAUUUGAAGAGAACAACAAUAUAAAAUGGGCGUCCCGGUGGGACUACAUCUUGAAAUCCAUGCCUCACACCAACAUUCAGUGGUUCAGCAUCAUGAACUCCCUUGUGAUUGUCCUUUUCUUAUCCGGGAUGGUCGCCAUGAUUCUCCUGAGGACCCUUCAUAAAGAUAUUGCGAGGUACAACAAGAUGGAUUCUUCGGAAGACGCACAGGAGGAGUUUGGGUGGAAGCUGGUCCAUGGAGAUGUGUUCAGGCCGCCCCGGAAAGGCAUGCUGCUCUCCGUCUUCCUUGGCCAAGGGACGCAGAUUUUUAUCAUGACGUUCAUCACUUUGUUCCUUGCCUGCCUCGGUUUUCUCUCCCCAGCCAACCGAGGGGCUCUGAUGACUUGCGCAGUGGUGCUUUGGGUUUUGCUGGGGACCCCAGCAGGCUAUGUAUCGGCUCGAAUGUACAAAACAUUCAGAGGUGAAAAAUGGAAGACCAAUGUGUUGUUGACAGCUCUCUUCUGCCCUGGGAUCGUCUUUGCCGACUUCUUCAUUAUGAACCUUAUCCUCUGGGUGAAGGGAUCUUCCGCCGCGAUUCCUUUCGGAACCCUGGUUGCGAUCUUGGCCAUGUGGUUUGGCAUAUCCGUCCCGCUCACCUUCGUUGGUGCUUAUUUUGGGUUCAAGGAGAAGCCCCUCGAGCAUCCCGUGAGGACGAACCAGAUCCCUCGCCAGAUCCCCGAACAAUCCUUUUUCACCAAGCCUCUGCCGGGCAUCGUCAUGGGUGGCAUCCUGCCCUUCGGGUGCAUCUUCAUCCAGCUCUUUUUCAUCCUGAACAGCAUUUGGUCUCACCAGAUGUACUACAUGUUUGGCUUCCUGUUCUUAGUCUUUAUCAUUCUCCUGAUUACCUGUUCAGAGGCCACCGUCCUGCUUUGCUACUUCCACCUGUGCGCUGAGGAUUAUCACUGGUGGUGGAGAUCAUUCCUGACCAGCAGUUUCACUGCUGUUUAUCUCUUCAUCUACGCCAUCCAUUAUUUCUUCUCAAAACUCCAGAUUACUGGUAUUGCUAGCACCAUCCUGUACUUUGGGUAUACUAUGAUCAUGGUUUUGAUUUUCUUCCUGUUCACAGGAACCAUCGGUUUCUUUGCUUGCUUCUGGUUCGUCAGUAAGAUUUACAGCGUGGUGAAAGUUGACUGAAGAAAUCCCCAGGUCUCGCUUUUCGAACCCGCAUCUUGAGUUGCUGGAGACCUUGAGGCAUUAACCAUGUACAAAAGACACAAAAGCAUUUCAUCUUCAAAUAGUUAAGAUAUACCCAGAGCUUCUAUCUUGGCACCAGAAAGGGCAGGUUUUAAAUGGAAUGGACAUAAGUAGCGUGGAUCCUUCUGAAAAACCCGACUUGCUUUUUUUCUUCUUCUUCUUCUUCCAAACCCUUCAUCCAGAGAUGAUGAUGAUGAUGGUUUUUUUGUCGAUUGCUUGGUUGCUUUGCUUGAAAAAGAGCAACCCUGAUUUCAUAACAAAAAGCCAAACGCAUUAUGUUCGACACUCCCGGUGGAGAAUUCUCGUAAAAAUCUUUUGUUUUGUACAUGGUUAACUGAUUAUUCUAUCACGGAAGAGGGCUGCCCGGUUUAAGCAAAAAGAGAAAAAAAAGUGACUUUUAAAAUCAAUUUUGGAUCUCUUUCAGCCAUUCAAUGUCUAGUGCAGAUUUCUGAGGGGUGGGAGGGAAAAAAAAGCGCCAACAUUUCCUCUUGUUUUAAAUAAAACAUCCCAAUUCCA